GAACAGAAGGACAGAGGACACGGAGCUGAUAGAGUUCCUACUGUUUACCCGCGAAGGCAUAUCACAGUUUGAAAAAUAUCACAGCAAAGGUUGCCCUGAGAAUUCUGAUAACUUUUCCAAAGUGUUAAAGAGCCGAUCAAAGAGUGCAGCAGUAAGAGCGGAGGAUAUUACAGACCUUGAAGAAAGAAAACUCGGAGGGAAUUCGCAUUUUCGAGCUUGGAUGUGGAUCCUUCUUUAUGGAUCCGAAGAGAGUUCUGAGGCUAUACCUAAACUAAGGAAAUCAUUAGACAUGAAACUUUCCAAAUAUGUAUGGUUCGCCAAUCAGAUGGCGGAAUUAUUUAAUGUCCUAUGUGGUGAUGUCCACGGGAAAUCUCCAUUAGAAGUUCGGUACAUGAAAAAAUACAAAUUUGAAAUUUACGCUAAUUUUUUUACCGAAGGAUGUCGUGAGGCAGUCCUAAAAUUCCUGCGAUAUGUUUAUGUCUAUUAGCUAAAUCCCAGGUAUCAAGGUCUGCUAUAAAAUAAUUUUUAUUAUAUUUUCGAAAUAACAGUUUUAUUGCUAUUAAAUGAGAGUUUUAA